GCGCGGGGCGGUGCCGGCGCCGAGCGCUGCCGGGUCGGGCUGUGGCCGUCGAGUGCCGUGAGGGAGGAGCUGCGGCGGGCGCGGGGAGAGCAGCGGCGGCUCCGGCCCGGCCCAGCCCGGCCCGGCCCGCCCGGGGAGCGCAGCGCCGGCGGAGCAGGUUCGGUGCAGAUAUGAGUGCCUGGCUGCUCUGCUGCUCCCGUGCCCCAGUACUCCCUGCCCUGUGAUUUUGGAUAACAAGCCUAAGCAGUGAAUUACACAUCAGGUGGUAAGAAACCAAAAGCAACCUGCCUCUAUUGAAUUCUCAAGAACACAGUCGACCCUUUGGUACAUUAUCAAGAUGCAUUAGAAAACUGGAUCUGGUGCCAAAAGAACUCCAUGAGUUUCCAUGACUCUCUUGAACUCCAACACCGAUACUUUUGGAUAUAAAUUUCUGUUCUAAGGAGAAGAGUGUGUACUCCAACACCUUUCUGCCAGCUUGCUGGCAGAGGUAUUUCACUAAGAUCAUGGACCAUCCUAAUAGGGAUAAGGAUGAGAGGCAGCGGACGACAAAAGGAAUGCCGGGAAGGAGUGGGCACGGUUCUCGGCCAAGCUCGUCGGCGUCUUCUGGCGUUCUUAUGGUGGGACCCAACUUCAGAGUGGGCAAGAAGAUUGGGUGUGGGAACUUUGGAGAACUCAGACUAGGUAAAAAUCUCUACACCAAUGAAUAUGUAGCGAUCAAACUGGAACCAAUUAAAUCCCGGGCACCACAGCUUCAUUUAGAAUACAGGUUUUAUAAACAACUUGGAAGUGCAGCUGAAGGACUCCCCCAGGUGUAUUACUUCGGACCGUGUGGGAAGUACAAUGCCAUGGUAUUGGAGCUGCUUGGUCCCAGCUUGGAAGAUCUGUUUGACCUCUGUGACAGGACCUUCACUCUGAAGACGGUGUUGAUGAUCGCCAUUCAGCUGAUCUCUCGGAUGGAGUACGUGCAUUCCAAGAACCUCAUCUACCGGGAUGUCAAGCCGGAGAAUUUCCUCAUUGGCCGGCAGGGCAAUAAGAAGGAGCACGUCAUCCACAUCAUAGACUUUGGAUUGGCCAAGGAGUACAUUGACCCAGAAACCAAAAAACACAUUCCCUACAGGGAGCACAAGAGUCUCACUGGAACAGCGAGAUACAUGUCCAUCAACACACACCUUGGCAAAGAGCAAAGUCGUCGAGAUGACUUAGAAGCCCUUGGCCAUAUGUUCAUGUAUUUCCUCCGAGGCAGCUUGCCCUGGCAAGGAUUGAAGGCUGACACCUUAAAAGAGAGAUAUCAGAAGAUUGGGGACACAAAGAGAAACACUCCAGUUGAAGUUCUCUGUGAGAACUUUCCAGAGGAGAUGGCCACGUACCUCCGCUAUGUGCGGCGGUUAGACUUCUUUGAGAGACCAGACUACGAUUACCUACGGACCAUCUUCACGGAGCUGUUUGAAAAGAAAGGCUACACCUUUGACUACGCCUACGACUGGGUCGGCAGGCCAAUUCCUACUCCCGUGGGAUCUGUCCAUGUAGAUUCUGGGACCUCUGCAGUGACCAGAGACAGCCACAUCCACCGGGACCGACCAUCCCAGCAGGCCCUUCGCAAUCAGGCAUCAUCGGAUCGCCGAGGAGAGUGGGAGAUCCAGCCGAGCCGGCAGACAAAUACCUCGUACUUGACAUCUCAUUUGGCUGCAGAUCGACAUGGAGGAUCAGUGCAGGUGGUGAGCUCAACCAACGGGGAGCUGAACGUGGACGACCCAACAGGAGCACACUCCAACGCACCCAUCACAGCGCAGGCGGAGGUGGAGGUGGUGGAGGAAGCUAACUGCCUGAAAAUGCUCAACUUGUGGUGCUGCUGCUUCUUUAAGAGGAAACGGAAGAAGACGGCUCAGCGUCACAAGUGACCGGUGCCUCCUGGGCCUUGCAGGAACCACCACACCUGCAGCUCCUGCCCUGUCUUACUGGAAGGGGCUUCUCUUUAGGAGGGAGGAGGAGGAGGAGGCAUAGGAGGAAGAGCGAAAAAUGAAAACAAAAACAAAAAAAAAAAAAAAAAAGUGACAUUUUAAACCAAAAAGAGAAGAAAACGUUCCAAAACAAACCACUCUGGGGUGGAUCUGCUGAAUGGUCUCCCUCAUUCACUCCAAGCCUGAAGCCCCUUUUGGGACCAGGACUGUGGCUGGCUCAGGUCUUGGUCGCCCUGGGAGGGGGGCUGGCUGGCUGACCCUCCUUCCCAUUGUUUACGGUGAAGGCAUCGUUGACGCAAACCUGAGGACUGUGCUUAGUUCCUGCUCACUUUCCUCCCCUCCCUCCCCUGCACUCAGCUCCUCUGUCCUCCUCCCUCCUUAAUUAAGUGAAGAAAUUCCAUAGGCUCGAUUGGCUGUGGAGAGGGCAGGAGGAUGCGGGGCAGGCAGGAGAGUUGCUAGGAGAAGGGCCUGACUGCUGCAGCAGGAAGAGACAGGUUCUCUCUGUGGCUCCUUGGGAACAGUUACACUGUAAUGUGCAAGCUGUGAGAAAUUUGCAAUCUACUGUUCCAGUUAGGGUUUUUUUCCCCACCCCGGCUCCCUUGACACCUCCCUCCUGUGACAGUAACAGAGCAGUGUGGAUUGUUUUAAAGAAGCUGACGUUGUUGCACUUUUUAUUAUUUUUAGCAUUUACAGAUGCACAUUGUAUCUGUGGAUCUCUGCGUGGCCACGCCAGCGCAGGCAGACAUCCAGCGGGGAGGAUGGUGGGGUGCACGGAAAUGCCCUUGGGUGGGGAUGUCCACAACCCUCGUGCCAGUCUGGGGCUCCUGACGCCCACCUUGGGCCACGCGCUGAGGAAAGCAUACUUGAAUUUCCAAUCACCCUUCCUAGCUGCCAGUGAAUGUCCUUUCCAUGGUUUCCUACACCGUGCCUGACCCAGCUGGCCGGGAGAGGCGAGGCUGGUGCCCAGCAUGGGCCGGAGGGAGCGGCAUGGCCUUUGCCAAACUGGAGGAAUUUGUGCUGGUCUAAGAGGUAGAUCAGGAUUGAGGUUCCUGAGAAACAGCCAUUUCCUGAAGUGUGGGCGUUUCUUGGUGUGGAUAGCCAGGAGCCUUCCCAAAUCCCUCCUUGGGCUGGUUGGGAACCUUCUGCAAGAACAUAUUAGUGGGAAGAAAGCAUCUCCAGCAGGGGAGAGGAUAAUUCAUGCCUUAACACUGAUCCCAUCUCCCGAUGGUCAGAUAGGUUUGCCUGGAAUCGCCUUCACAUCCAUUCAGUGAGCAUGGGGCAGGUGCAAAUUCACCCACCCCAUCCCACCCCCAGAGCAGCCACGGUUCUCCUGCACCACUUUGAGCCAAACCAAUAGCAAGGAAAGGGCUUGGGGUGCUUUGCACACCCAGAAAAACAAUGAAAUCUUGCAUCCAGCUGCAAUGUUUCCCAAAUUGGAGAUGAGGUUGCCAGGGGUUACUGGAGAGGUGGCAGGCUGUGGGAGAACUCAAGCAGCUUUGGGGAGGUUGUAAGUAGGUUCAUUGGACUUUGUCUUUCCAUGUGUGACACCAGAUCAGGCUGGAAUAGUUCAGUUGUCAUAAACUUGGGCCUGGCUUAUCCAAAAAUGGUGGAGAGCAUAGAGGGAGGAAAGGGAGACACUAGAUCUCAUUGUUGUUUAAUGGAUUUAAUGCUAAUCUAUGUAGUUUGGAGUUCACAGAGCAACAUUGCCAGGAGGUUCCCUUUCCCUGGCUGGGUAGGAGCAGGCUUAGGGCAGGAGAUCAGCCUGGGCAGCAAGCUCUGGGCUUGCUCCUCAUGCAUUCCUGAGUCAGUGCCAGGGUGGAAAAGUCUCCGUCCUGGCCAGGAUCCCCGCAGGGCGUCUCUUCUCCAUUCUCUGCUGCAUUCUCUCCAUGCCUUAUCCCGGUGAGCGCGAUGGAGGCACAGAGCCCUCAGUUCACACAUGCACCUCCUUCCUUCCCCCUUAGCAAAGCGCUUUCCUCCGGGCAGGCCAUGAGCCAGGGCAGGAGCAGGGCAGGAAGGGCACCACUCACCUCCCGCAGGGUGCCACGGGUGCGGCCCUGUCCCCUCCUGCCGCAGGGCGGACACAGCCGUGGGCACAUUCCACCUUUCUCUUCCCAAACUCCUCCGCUGCCAGUGGUUCCCAGAAGCUGCGUCUGUGGCACAGGCAUUCCUCUCUCUGCUGUAGGAAACCAUGGUUUGGCAUCUUGGGAGGGUGUCCAGGGGCACAGGUGCUCCCCGGGGAGCCGCCCUGCCCGCUGCCAACAGAGCUGGCCCUGAGACACUUCCGUUGCUGCCCUCCCAAGCCCCACUAAGUGCCUGUCACCAGAACUCGAUUCCUUCUGCAUCUCCUGCCGUGUUUGGUCAUUCCUCGCUGCCUCCGCUCAAGGAGCAGCUUGUAGUUGCAGCAUAUGUAAGUGUUUGCAGGGUGAGGGAGGGCGGGGGGGAAAGGGGCCAUCUCAACAGGUUUUGUUCCUAAAUGUUUUUGGUUUCUUUUGUUUCGUUGUUUAUUUGGGGGUUUUUUGGUUUUUUUUAAGUGAAUGUAUUUGAUCGUUUAGAAACUUUCCUGACCUUGUUUUUAAGUGGGUCGGUUUGAAAGCUGUUUCAUGGUGACCCACUACAGCUUCUCUCCGGAGAUACGGUGUUCUUUUAAUCCUACAAUGAUGUGUUUGUAGGGGAGGACUGUCCCCCCACGGCAUGCUGGUAAUGCUCACUUGUACCAAGCCCUCUUGCACUAUAAUCGUACGUUGGACUCUUCAAAAAAAGGGCAAAGAUGUGGGGUGGCUUUUUAACAAAAAAAAAAGUAAAAAAAAAAAAAAAGAAAAUAAAGCAGGUUAUCGGCAAGUCCUGUGCUUGAGGGAACCGCUGUCCCCAGGGAGCUCGGAGGUGACAAGGAGACACGGCCAGACUGAGCCAGCCAUGCUGUGGUAGGAUGUAGGGCAUUAACCUGGGCAAUCCCUCCUCUCCUUGCUGGGAGCAGUUGGCAGCCGGGAGACCCCAGGCAAGGGGAGGGCUCCUGGGGGCUCCUGGCGCAGGUGCCUCUGACAGGCUCCCGGCCCUCCAACGUUGCGAUGCAGUCUUCUGAGGUAUCAAGUGAGAUUUUUUUUUUUUUUUCAAUAAAACAUUGCACUGCUGCAUUGUUCUCCAUGAAUAGAAGUAUUUAUUACCUCA